AUGGCGUACUGGGAAGGCCACGCCUGGCCUGUCUGGGGCCAGCUGCUGACCUCCCACAGGAGAGAUUGCUCUUUAUCCAGUUUUGCCGAGAUCCACAAGUUCGUUCCACAAAUAGAGCAACGGCAGCAUCACCUGCCAGCCCCUCCACUCGCCUGUUUGUCUUACAGCAACGGCAGCAGCGACCCCUACUGCAUCGUGAAGGUGGACAAUGAGCCCAUCAUCAGGACAGCCACCGUGUGGAAAACCCUGUGCCCCUUCUGGGGUGAGGAGUACCAGGUGCACCUGCCGCCCACCUUCCAUGCGGUGGCCUUCUAUGUCAUGGACGAGGAUGCCCUCAGCCGGGAUGAUGUUAUCGGGAAGGUUUGCCUUACCAAGGACACCCUGGCUGCUCACCCGAAAGGUUUCAGUGGAUGGGCCCACCUGACGGAGGUCGACCCUGAUGAGGAGGUGCAGGGCGAGAUCCACCUGCGGCUGGAGCUGGUGCCGGGGGCCCGUGCCGGCCGGCUGCGCUGCUCCGUGCUGGAGGCCAGGGACCUAGCCCCCAAGGACCGGAAUGGUGCAUCUGACCCCUUUGUCCGUGUGCGCUACAAUGGCCGGACACAGGAGACCUCGAUCGUGAAGAAAUCAUGCUACCCACGCUGGAACGAGACAUUCGAGUUUGAGGUGGAGGAGGGGGCCACAGAGGCCCUGUGCGUGGAGGCCUGGGACUGGGACCUUGUCAGCCGCAAUGACUUCCUGGGCAAGGUUGUGGUCAACGUCCAGAGACUGUGGGCGGCCCAGCAGGAGGAGGGCUGGUUCCAGCUGCAGCCCGACCUGCCCAAGAGGCGGAGGGAAGAGGGCAACCUGGGCUCCUUGCAGCUGGAGGUGCGGCUGCGGGACGAGACGGUGCUGCCCUCUGGCUGCUACCAGCCCCUGGUGCAGCUGCUGUGCCGAGAGGUGAAGCUGGGCACCCAGGGCCCAGCACAGCUGAUCCCACUCAUCGAGGAGAUGACCAGCACUGAGUGCCGCCAGGAAGUAGCCACCAACCUGCUCAAGCUCUUCCUGGGGCAGGGACUAGCCAAAGGCUUUCUGGACCUGCUCUUCCAGCUGGAGCUGAGUCGCACCAAUGAGGCAAACACCCUGUUCCGGAGCAACUCUCUGGCCACAAAGUCCAUGGAGUCUUUUCUGAAGGUGGCUGGGAUGCGGUAUCUGCACAGCAUCCUGGGCCCCAUCAUCGACAGGGUAUUUGAGGAGAAGAAGUACGUGGAGCUGGACCCCAGUAAAGUGGAGGUCAAGGAUGUAGGGUGCUCUGGGCUGCACCGCCCACAGACUGAGGCUGAGGUGCUGCAGCAGAGCGCAAGGACGCUGAGCGCCCACCUGGGGGCGCUGCUGAGUGCGCUCUGUCGCUCCGUUCGAGCCUGCCCAGCCGUGGUCCGCGCCACCUUCCGCCAGCUCUUCCUGCGCGUGCGGGAGCGCUUCCCCAGCGCCCAGCACGAGAACGUGCCGUUCAUCGCCGUCACCAGCUUCCUGUGCCUGCGCUUCGUCUCUCCCGCCAUCAUGGCACCCAAGCUCUUCCACCUGCGGGAGCGGCACGCGGACGCCCGCACCAGCCGCACGCUGCUGCUGCUGGCCAAGGCCAUCCAGAAUGUGGGCAACAUGGACACGCCGGCUUCCAGGGCCAAGGAGGCUUGGAUGGAGCCGCUGCAGCCCACUGUGCGCCAGGGCGUGGCCCAGCUGAAGGACUUCAUCACCAAGCUGGUGGACAUCGAGGAGAAGGAAGAACUGGACCUGCAGAGGGCGCUAAGCUUGCAGAUGCCGCCAGUGAAGGAGGGGCCACUCUUCAUCCACAGGACCAAGGGAAAGGGCCCCCUCAUGUCCUCCUCUUUCAAGAAGCUCUACUUCUCCCUCACUACGGAGGCCCUCAGCUUUGCCAAGACACCUAGCUCUAAGAAAAGUGCCCUGAUCAAGCUAGCCAACAUCCGGGCAGCAGAAAAGGUGGAGGAGAAGAGCUUUGGCAGCUCACACGUCAUGCAGGUCAUCUACACGGACGACACAGGCAGGCCUCAGACCGCCUAUCUGCAAUGCAAGUGUGUGAACGAGCUGAACCAGUGGCUGUCUGCACUGCGGAAGGUGAGCAUCAACAACACUGGCCUGCUGGGCUCCUACCACCCUGGAGUCUUCCGCGGGGACAAGUGGAGCUGCUGCCACCAGAAGGACAAGACAGAUCUGGGCUGUGAUAGGACCCGGUCACGGGUGACCCUGCAGGAAUGGAAUGACCCUCUCGACCAUGACCUGGAGGCCCAACUCAUCUACCGGCACCUGCUGGGCAUGGAGGCUGCACUGCGGGAGAAGCACCAGCAGCUGAGUGCAGGCACCGGGGCAGGCCCCACGCUCACAGGCCCGGGUGAAGCACCAGAGGACCGGCUGGCCCAGCUGCUGCAGGUGCUGCAGGACCUCCGGGAGGCGCACAGCUGCAGCCCCGCCAGCUCCCCGGCCUCAGAGCCCAACUGCCUCCUGGAGCUGCAGACGUGAGGCCUGGCCUGCACUCCCUCACCAAGCACCCCUGGUGCAUUCUCAGCCCUUCACCCCAGUCCCUCUCCUUGGGGAGCAGGGCCUGGGUCUCUCCUGGGCUGGGUGAGUUUGGUAACCAGGGACCAGGGGAACCAGGAGUCCAAAGCUGACGGCUUUGGCCCAUCAUCACCCACAUGAAGUCUCUAGGGGAGCCCGGGGCUCCUGCUCCUCCGAGAGGCCUGGCUGCUCCCUGCAGCCCCUGCAGCUCUCACCGCCACUAGCCCAGACUCUCCAAGGACCUUCCACUCCUGCCCAGGGCAGACCCAGCCAGAAACCACUCCUAAGAUGGUCCACACCCCAGGGGACUGGCACUUCCUUACGCAGAGAGGUGGGCGGGAACACGGAGCCCAGGAGAGCAGGCCUUGACCUCAGCGCCCACUUGGCUCUUGUCCACCACGCCACCUGCUCGCCUCACAGCCGCUGGCCGCGCCCCCGGGAGAGCAUCGCAGUGCUCUGUCGCCAACAAUAAACCUGCUGUGACUGUG